GGGGAAACUCAGAACUCAGGUUACGAACUUUAGCUGUAGGCAAAUGAUCUUUUCUUUGUAGUUACGUGAGGUUGUGCGGUUCAUUCUAACGUGAUUUUACUUUGUGGUUUAAAAGUUAAUGAAUAGAAUAUUAUAAACGGUAUAUUGUGUGUGAGUUGACCGCAUUUAGUGCAUAACACAUGAUCGUCGCAGAAGCCUGGAGGUCCAGCUACCUUUUCUGGGUGUUCCCGCUGCUCAUCGUGUUGGUCAUCCUCGCUGUGCUUAGCGUCUUCACCGUUCUUCUCGGAAUCAGGUUAUACGCGCAAUUCACCUGCGGCCGCUACCGUGGUAAAGCUAGGAUGGACGGCAAGACAGUCAUCGUGACGGGCUGUACCAGCGGUAUAGGUCGGGAGACGGCCAAGGAGUUGGCCAAGCGGGGCGCUACGGUCAUCAUGGCUUGUAGGAAUGUUGAGGCGGCUGAGAAGAUUAAAGAGAAAAUCAUCGACGCCACAAAGAACUCCAAAGUCGAAGUGAAAAAGCUGGACCUCAGUUCCUUCUCCUCAAUCCGCGCUUUUGCCGAAGACAUCAACAAAAAUGUCCAAAAACUGGACGUGCUCAUCCACAAUGCCGGCUACGCUGAAACCUUCAAGAGAAACAAGUCUCAGGAUGACAUUGAACUAACAAUGGCUACGAAUCAUUACGGUCCUUUCUUGCUGACACAUCUUCUCAUUGAUUUAUUGAAGAAAAGCGCGCCAUCAAGAAUUAUCGUCGUAGCUUCCUCCUUGUACCGUCUAGCUACGUUUAAUCUUGAAAACCCUAACCCAACAUCAACUUUACCAGGCUAUUUGUACUACGCGUCCAAGGAAGCUAAUAUCCUCUUCACCAAAGAGCUGGCUAGACGUUUAGAAGGUACCGGUGUUACAGCCAACUGUCUUCACCCAGGUAUGAUUGACAGUGGAAUUUGGAGGUCUGUCCCCGCGCCUUUAAGCUGGGGUCUCUGGGCUAUCAAUAAAUGCUUCUUCAAGACUCCCUUCCAGGGAUGUCAGACAUCAGUCAUGUUGGCUGUGGAUGAACAGCUUGAGAAGGUUACCGGAAAGUAUUAUUCAGAUUGUGCAGAGAGCGCGUUGUCGGAGUCAGUUUCUGAUCCGCAAAGGGCGAGGAAGCUUUGGGAAGUGUCGGAGAAGAUGGUGAAACUUGAGGAGAAUGAUCCGAGGAUUGAAGCAGGAGUACAGCAAUAAGAGAAUAUUGAAAUGGCACGAAAGUUAAACAGCAGACAUCUUUUACAUUUAGAACUAGCGUUGGGAUUUUGACAGAAAGAUUUAGUUCCUUAGAAAGAGCAACAGCAAAGCACUUUUUUAUUAAGUAAUUCAUCAGACAAAGCCUUUUGAUUUGUCUGUUUUAUUAUGUAGGUAAUUUGAUCAGUAGGUACGUCUCCAACGUGAUAUCGCUUGUUGUAUCAUGGCGACCCUGUGAGAGUCCUGACUUUGGAGAUAUUAAAAAGAUUUAAAGGAAAACAAAAGUGCCAAUUUUCUCGCCUUGUUGUCGUUAUUAAAUAGCACGAAUUUAAUAUUUUGUAUUACUUUUAGUUGAUGUUGAAACUAGGAGUGGAAGGCUCAAGUAGGUUUAUGUGUAAUAUUUAUAUAAUAACUCUCCGACGAGUAAACUUGGUCUUUUAACUUAAAAGUACAAUAUAUUAAAGUUCCAUAAUAUGUUUCAUAUUCUAAGCAUUCGUUUUCAAUAUUUGACAAAGCACUAUUUUCAUGUAUAAUUAGGUAGGUACAAUAGGGAAUAUUACGCGGAACUGCGUAGGGGGCGCCACUACCACAAUCUGAGGAUCGAAACAAGAAUAUCGAAAUUUCGGAUUCGCGUUUCCUGGUAGAUCCUCUGUAAACAAACCUCCUUAAUGCAUUUAUGUAAUAUUUUAUUAUCUCUGAAAACUCGUCAAAAAACUGUUAACAGCAUGUAUAAGUUACUCUAUUAUGAUGGUUUACUAAACGGGCUAGUGCUGCACUCUGGUGGCAGAACAUUGCAGUAAUACCCCAUUACGCUAAGCUUGUAAUAAUAAGAUACCUAUUAACUUAUUUUUGGAAAUAUUUUAUUUACAUUAAGGUGUUUUAUUUUUGCAAUAAACGUUUUUAUAAAAGUAG